ACAAUCUAGUAAUUUCACUUUUCUCCUCUGGAAAAAGAAGGCAGACUUCACUUCUAAUUUCUGAAGUUCUAGUGAGGAUAGUUGUGAAGAGGAGGAAAUAUAUCUAAUGGCAGAUUGGGCUUGCUUUUUGUGUUGCUAUCACAAGUACUUUUGUUUUCAUUACCAGGGAACAAACAAGCAGCUGGAGUUUGGGAGCAUGAAAACUAAUGGCAAGGCCAUUGCUAUCCACACUCUUCUCUUCUUUGCCAUCUAUGCUGUUUUGAUUGUCGGCGUCGCUGUCCACCUACAUAUCUACACUGGCUGAGCUUUGCCCUGCAUGGAGAAAUAUUGUGGCUGGAAACAAAAAAGAAGAGGGAUGUCGGGAGAUUGGGGGCCGGUAGUGGUAGCAGUGGUGCUGUUUGUGUUGUGCUCACCAGGGUUGCUGUUUCAACUGCCUGGAAACAAAAGAGCUGUGGAAUUCGCCAACUUUCAGACCAGUCCCAUCUCCAUUUUUGUUCACACCAUCAUAUUCUUUGGUCUAGUCACCAUAUUUGUCAUUGCUGUUGGCAUUCAUAUUUCUUCAGGGUAGAAAAUUUCCAUGCUGUUUGUUCCU